GCAAUAGUUGACAGAGAAAAUAUUUCAAUUAGACCGAGUAUGAGAAAAAUAUCUGCCUGCCUGAGAAACUGAACCCCACAGUAAAUACUGAACCCAAGCCAGCAAUUUGGUUUGGCUCAAGCCCGUUUUACCCCGGCAACUCCGACAUGCUAGAUUUGCCGGUGUAAAUGGAACCGUUGGAGCAGGGGGUUUAAGUGCCGAUAUAUGGCUCCAUUCCACUUAGCAAGUCUUCUUCGCUCCGGAGUUGGUGUGAUUUUGGACGGCCGUCUUCCUCGGACCUCGGAAGCGGCUGGUGGGCGAGUUCGGGGACCGUGUGUGUCAGCUCCAUAGACCUGACUCACAUUGCCCGUACUUCGGCCGUCGAGAAGGCGGACGAUGCGGAGGUAGACACUCAACCGGUGACUCUGAGCGCGCGGUGCGGUGCGGAGGGCGGACAGAGGCUGUGAGGCGCCGCGCGCGCGAUGGCGGCUGUGACGCGCACGCUAGCCGUACUGUUGGCGGCGCUGGUGGCGGCCGCGUCGGCCGAGUACACGGACACUUUCGCCAUCUGCGUGGACGGCCAUGAUGAGUCGCACGCGCGGCAAAUCGCCGAGAAGCACGGCUUCGAGCUACUGCAUCAGAUUAUAGGCGACUGUUACCUAUUACGGCAUCAUGAAGUUAGAAAACGAUCGCUAUCAUCUAGUCCUGUACAUCAUUCCUUGCUCAAAAGCGAAGAUAAGGUGACAUUUGUGGAGCAGCAGAAGGCCAAGCGGAGAGUGAAGCGGGACCAUGUGGAGCCGACGCUGCGGCACCGGCGGAGGACGCGCGACGGCCGGCACCAGCGUGCCCCCAUCUACCGGUCCACGUACCUCAACGACCCCAGCUGGCCACGCAUGUGGUACCUGAACCGCGGCGGCGGCCUGGACAUGAACGUGCAGGGGGCGUGGUCUCAGGGCGUCACCGGAAGGGGCGUGGUCGUCACCAUCCUGGACGACGGCCUGGAGAAGGACCACCCCGACCUGAUGGACAACUACGACCCGAUGGCCAGUUACGACGUCAACGGCCACGACCCUGACCCGCAGCCGCGGUACGACCUGAACGACAGUAACCGGCACGGCACGCGCUGCGCCGGAGAGGUGGCCGGCGUGGCCAACAACUCGCUCUGUGCCGUCGGAGUCGCCUUCGAGGCCAACAUUGGCGGUGUCCGUAUGCUGGACGGCGAGGUGACUGACGCGGUGGAGGCGCGGUCCCUGGGCCUCAACCAGAACCAUAUCGACAUCUAUAGCGCCAGCUGGGGGCCGGAUGACGACGGAGAGACGGUGGAUGGACCCGGCGAGCUGGCCAAGCGCGCCUUCAAGGAGGGCAUCGUCAACGGCCGUAACGGCAAGGGCUCCAUCUUCGUGUGGGCCUCCGGUAACGGCGGCAGGGAGCUGGACAACUGCAACUGUGACGGCUACACCAACAGCCUGUGGACGCUGAGCAUCAGCAGCGCCACAGAGAACGGCGACGUGCCCUGGUACUCGGAGGCGUGCAGCUCGACCCUGGCCACCACCUACAGCUCCGGCAGCAGCCUCGAGAAACAGAUUGUGACCACGGACCUCCACCGCGGCUGUACGGCGACACACACGGGCACGUCAGCCUCCGCGCCGCUGGCCGCCGGCAUCUGCGCCCUGGCGCUGCAGGUGAACCAGGAUCUAACCUGGCGCGACAUGCAGCACAUCGUGGUGCGCACGGCGCGUCGGGCCAACCUGCGAGCGGCCGACUGGGUCACCAACGGCGUCGGACGAAACGUGAGCCACUCGUUUGGCUACGGUCUCAUGGACGCCACGGCCAUGGUCAACCUGGCCAGGACGUGGAGGCCCGUGCCCGAGCAGCGCAAGUGCGAGACGCCCUCCGCACACGUCGACAAGCUGGUGCCGUCUCACAGCAAGGUGGUGCUCACGCUGACCGUCAACUCGUGCGAGGGCGUCAACUACAUGGAGCACGUCCAGGCGCGCAUCAGUCUGGACGCCACGCGCCGCGGCGAUAUAAAGAUCUUCCUGACCUCGCCGGCGGGCACCACCAGCACACUGCUGGACAAGAGGCCGCACGACUCGUCCCGUGCCGGAUUCAAGGAAUGGCCGUUUAUGACCACGCACAACUGGGACGAGUCGCCGCUGGGCACCUGGUCCCUGGAGGUGCACAAUGAUGGCCGAUACACCGCCACCGUCUCCGACUGGACGCUGGUGAUGUUCGGAACAGAGGUGGAGGCCGGCACCGCGCCGCCGGCCCAGCCGCCGCAGCCGCCGCCCACCUCCAGCACGGAGCGCUCGGCGGCGGCGCCCACCACGGCGCUGCCGCCGCGACUGCCCGGCUGUCUGCGCGCCAACACCUCCGCCUCGCUCUGUCUAGAGUGCGAGCACGGCCGGCUGCUGUCGGAGGGCUCCUGCGUGACCGACUGUCCGCCUGGCCGGUACGCCGACCGAGACCGGGCCGCCUGCCAGCCGUGUCACUACACGUGCGCCGAGUGUGACGGUCCCAACGACUACCAGUGCAGCGGGUGCCACGGCGACGCCACGCUCACCUCCGGUCCGCUGGGCGCCCGCUCCUGUCUCAACACGGAGCUGCUGGAGCGGGCCCGCGCCGCCGACCGCUGGUACGGCGGCGUGCUCACCGUCAUCGUCCUGCUCGCGCUGGCGCUGCUGGUGGUGGGUCUGCUCUUCUGGCGGCAGCGGCGCGAGCGGGCGAGCGGCUACCGCGCCCUGCCCGUCGGCUACCUGGCUGCCGGCGGAGGCUACACGGACGCUGAGCCCACCUCCAACGGCAAGCCGGCAGCGAACUUUGUGACGGUGGUGCAGCCGCCGGGCGCGCCGCCGCCGCCGGCCGCGCAGACCCAGCUCGAUCUAGUGGCGGAGGUAGAGGACUUUGACUCAUCCGGGGAGGAGAGCAGCCUGCUCGGCUCCGCACACAGCUAGGAAGAGCGAUGGGAGAGGGGAGAUGCAGUGGACGAGAGUGACGUAUAUCUGAAGGCGGGAGGGUUGAAGAGGGCGAGGCAGUGGUGUGGUCUGUGAGGUUAUAGGAAGAGAAGUGAAUGCUCUGAUAACGGCGAGGUUCACUCUGUGGAGAGGUAGGGGUUUGAUGAGGAUGGACCGGCAGUGCAUGCGUAAUAUUAAAACUGCUCGGUCUGAACCGAGGGUAUUGAAAGGGCAUCCUGUUUGCUGAUUCGCCAUGGAGUGCUGUGCAGGAAGGGACAAGUGCGCUUGCGUCGUGCUCUGCGCAUGUGUAGGGAUAGCUCUGAGCUCUGAAAAACUAAAGGGCUGGGCCAUCUUAAUGAGUGUCCCUCGUAAAUGAUGGCUUACUGUUGUCAUAAAGGCAGGCUAUUCUCAAACGGAGGAGAAAGGGGGUAACACAUUCUGAGAUUCGAUGAAGGUCCUCUGGGCAAAUGUCCGCAUCAUGUUCUUAAAUGGGCAGGUCCUGUUGGAGGAUUUACUUCGUUUUUAGACUGUGCUUUCCGCAGAGAGUAUUGUAGCAUUUUUAGCGUUUUGUGAGCCAUUUCCAUGUAUGCCGUCCGUUUUGGGGGAAUAUUCCCGUCCCCGUCGUAGACAAACCUCGAUACAUUAACGAUCAACAAACAGUGCUCAGCCACUCUGAAUGAAGACAGGUACGGCAGCUUAUACUAGCCUAUCCCGGCGAGCGAAUGUUUCCUCGCGGCUAGCGGCGAAGGGUGGUGUAUUCCGGUGGUGUUUCGUGGUAUGGUCAGUUUUAUGUCGAUGCUCGUGGGGAAUCGCUGAUUUGUCCCACAGUGACUAGCCGUUGCUGUGCCGUUUUCCAGUGCUGGCCCGAAUGUGGCAGCAGUGCUGGCGGGUGAGGCGAGCCUUUGUCGUGUCGUUUCCAGUGUUGUUCCAAAUGGAGCGCGGAGACACCGCGGGCGGAUAGGGGAGAUUGUGGGCGGGCACCGCAAAUGGUCCCCUAGACUUGCAUAAUGAUCAGCCUGGUCAUCAUAUCCAUGAAUUUAUGAGAGAUUAUAGGGGGAUUACUGGGUGGCCGAUUCGUUUUCUGAUAUUAAAUGAACUGGCUGAGUUGGUUGGAUGAAUGUGUAUCGAGUGCUGGUGAGUCAGUCGCUAAUAGCGCUUUCUAUACGGUUUUGUGGUUCUUCAUCCUUUGCUCACGUCGUUUUUACGAACGAGUAUUGUGAUAAUCAUCUAUGAGCGAAUGUUUUGUAUUUGUGUAUUCUGAUAUAAAUAUAUAGUUUGAUAGAA